AGAUCAGCCUUUACUUGUUCGGUGUCACAGUGAACUGCUGAACCUGAAGUGUGCGCGUAUUCUGAGGGUGAAUAAUAUAUCACAAGAGUCCACCCAAGAACUUUGAAAUAAUAUCUGUAGCUUACCUGACAGAUACACCAGGAACUCCCCCUCCCUCCACGUAGAAAAAAGAAAAAAAAAAGCACAGAAGACUAACAAAGAACUAUAGCAUCAUGUAUAUGGACGACGCAACCAUGUAUAUGGAUAUACUACCACUUGAUAUCAACAAUCCACAGAAGAUGGAGCCCAGUAAAUUGCUGCCGACGGAACCAAAUGAUCCUUGGUUGGUGAGUCAAACCGGGAUCUCUGAUAUCCAGUUUCCCACCACCAACACUACGAGCAACACAAGUCUGUUCGGCAGACUCUCACCAGGCAUGGAACAGUUGGCCAACUCUCUGCUUCCCAGCGAGAUGUCCCUGCCACAAAUUGACGAUACCUUCGAUGUGGAUUUUGCCCUUGAUUCUUUCUCACCUGAGAACGAGGGCGACUUGGGCGCAGCGCUGGAAAGUAUGCAGUUGGAGUCAUCGAAUCAGUAUCCUCAGGUGACCACACAACGACGACGCAGCAAGAGACUAGCCAGUAAAUCUGUAUGUGCGACCAGUUAUCCAGAACCACAUGCCUCAGCGGUGCCUCAUCCAUACCCAGAGCAGGAUUUUAGCACUGUGUUGGACCAGAGCAGUGCAUGGUCCCCUGCAAGUGAUGCUGAUGCCAAUGAUAGCGAUGGUUCCAGAGUACAAAGGAAACGUCGACCUAAAGUCUCCUACAAUACCAUGACGGAGGAACAGAAGUAUAAUCACAUCAGAUCCUUGAACAACGAGGCAUCAAGACAAUACCGGGAGAGAAUUCGCGGACAGCUGACGGUCUUGCAAGAAAAGGAAGUAGAAGAGAUGAAGAAGAAUAGAUUGCUAAGAACCAAAGCUGAGGGUCUUGAGAAGUUGAGGGACGAAAUUAAGACGUUCACGUACUGUUUCUUCAGAGAACAUAUGGGGAAUACGGGGCCGAAGUGAGCACAUGUUUAGUGGUAUGAAGCGAGUGAACAUGUCUCAACAAGAUGGCCAUGCGCGUACCUAAUGGAUGUUAGGCAGCCAGAGGUCGUCAUAUUUAUUUUAGUUUUUAUCUAUUUUUCUAGUAAUGACUUGCACCACCUGUCGUAUUAUUGUAACCGGUGAUCUUAUAAACGAGUUAAAAUAUGACACAGCAGGUGCGGCACAAGUCAUUCAGGGGUCAAGUUUUGAGCCUGACGAGUGGGUAAGAAACGUUGCCUGUGCGGUGUUAAUGAAGUUGGCGUCACUGAAACCUAUUUUUACCACUUUUAUUUUUAUACUGGAAUCAUACACACUUAUGUAUGCUAAAUAAAUACUUAUGCUCUGUA